AACGGAGAGUGCCGGGCGCAGGCUGGGCCUAGCAGCGCGCCGCAUCCUGUGAUGCUUCUGGCGGGUGGGGCGGGACGGAGAGGGCCCAGGACACUCCGAUGCCGCCGCGAAAGGGCUUCGUCUGCGCCCUGGAACUCCACAUCCGCACGGUAACAUGCCCAGGUGUUACACUGAAAGCCAAAGAUGAUGUCUACAUCAGCGCCUCCAUUUUUGGACAACAUAAGAAGACUUCAUGUGUCCGUGCAGUAUUUCCCCUUAUAUUUGAUGAGAAACUGAUAUUCGAAAAGGUAUAUACCAAUGUAGUAGAUCCAGCAGGUCUUGUUGCACAUUUGGAAUUUGACACAGCGGUGCUUGAAUUAAUACAGAUUGUUCCUCCAGUGGGAGAAAUUGUAGCUGCCUAUGAAGAAAAUACAAGAGAUUUCCUUUUCCCUGCUCCUAAGCGUAAUCGUGGCCAGCAAGGUUUCGUUCGUGAGGUUUUAAUGAGGAAGACCUGCAGUUUCACAGGAAUUGCACCAAAAUUGAAGUUUUACACGACUUGUCUUAUUUCUGAAAACCUGUUAAAUUCAGAAAAAGUUCAAAAGCAGGAUAACUCAGAUUGCCAGCAUCAUGCAUCAACAGAUGGAACGUUGCAAACAAGGUCGCCAAAGAAGAACACUACUUCACCUGAGAAAAUCAGGAACGUCUCAGCAACAAAGAGCUAUGAACAACCAACAAUAGCCUCUCUUUCUCGUUCUCCAUCUCCUUACACAAAGAGGCGAAUGUGUGAGCUUCUGCAAGUCAGUCAACGGCUGGCCCACUUAGACCUAGGGCCUUUUGAUUUUAAAAAAGAAUCAGAUAGACCCCCGUUUGUAAUUCGACAUGUGGAACAACCGAGUCCCUCACCUGAUGUUCAUACUUGGUGUCGUUCCAGGGAGCAUAUAAAAGAUGAAACUACCUGUGAUCCUACACUUCUUGGCAGUUACAGACCAAAGAAUGUUAAAAUUAUGGGGUCACUUCAAGAGAAAGACUUUCAUGGUUUUUCUGACAACUAUGAUGAGCACUUGAUGUCAAGCAUAGUGGCCAGACAGCUUCAUCCAGCUCGGUUGCUAACGCAUUCAGCACCCCCAUCAUUGCAGAAAUAUUCUUCAACUCCUGUUUUGAAUCGCUCAUCUCUUAGAGAAAGGACUGUUUGAAUCAGUGUAUAGACCAUGUUCAUGCCAGGUGAGAUUGUAAAAAUAAAUAUUCUUUUCAUUUUCUUCCUCUUGUUAAUCUCCUUCCUAGCAUUUGUCCUACAAAUUCGCAAGGUCCACUUGUUUGCUUCUUGUUUUCCACUUGUUCCUGUUGGUCGCAUUUCUCAUUGUGAGUCUUUCUUCAAACAGUCGAGCUAAUGCGUUUUAGGUCUGCUGCGUGGCCUGGCACCUGCAACUUCCAUAUUCAGCGCAGGCUUAGCCACUGAACCCUCAUCACUACAUUAUACAUGUCCAAACCAUCUCAAAUGGGAUUCCUUCAUCUUCUUGGCAAUUGGAACAAUUCCAGAGAAGGAGUGCACUGUCCUUCAGGGUAACACUUAUUGACCACCUGAGCAUCCACAUUCCCAUAGAGUGCAGAGUUUGCUAGAUAGCCUUAGUGGUCAGCCAGUACUCAGUGGCAUAUAGAGUGACUGGUCUCACCACAGUCCUGUCAAUUUCCAAUUUUAGGCGGAUGGGGAUCAUCUUAUCUAUUUUCCUCUUGUAAAUAUUUAUGGAAAAUAAAGCUUACAAUAUUUAUUGUUAACAGUUGAUAUUCCCUAUUUAAAGAAAAUAUCUUGUUCAUUUUGUUGAAGCAUAGUGCAUCAUCUGCAGUAAGCACAUUUCAGAUAGGAACAGAUCUCUUUGUUCCUAUAUUUGUUGUGGAAGUGUAAUUUUCGCUCUACCAGCGAACAAUGAUGCAUGGUUACUUAGUAUCUGAGUAUAUAUGUAGCCUUGGACAAAACUGUACCAAGUCUAAUAUGUGGCUUUGGACAAAACUGUAUCAAGUCUAAAAUAAAAUAAAAACAGGCGGUUUAUCUGAUAUUUUAAAAAUCACCAAGAUAUAUCUAUCUUGUACAGUCAUCUCCCACGAAAGAUAUAAAAUGGACUCCCUGGGUUAAAGAUUUCAGUCAUUCAUAUAGAGCUUGAACAUUGUGAUUUUUUUUUUUUAAAGAGAGGCCACAUAGUGAUGGAGAGAGAUGCUUACAUUUUCCUGUUAUAAUAGGAGUCUGAAUAUCUGGGGGAUUGAUUUGCCCAGCAUGAUGUGACCUUGUCUGUUCUGCAGUUGACAGGUAUCAAAAACUGUCUUAGCUGGCCUAUUGAAUAUGAAAGGUGCAACUCAUCACAAGCAGUUACUCUUGACCUCUGCUACUUGUCUGAUAUGGUUCAUCAGGACUUGAUCUUGUCUACUGUAGGUCAGAACAAUAGAUUUCCAAAGUGUUUUUGCGAAUGUCGGCUAUUGUAAUGCUCAUCACAUCUUUCUUUGUAUGUCAGAUGCUCUAACCUACUUCCUUUCAUAUUCAGAAUACUGUGAAAUAUUUGUCAAAACAGUUUGAAAUGAUCUUACUUGAAAUCACUUUGGGUCUAGCAGACUCCAUUUAUGUUUUUAGUUAUCCAAAGGGUGAUUUGUUCUCACAACCUCCCAGAAAGGAGACACUUUCUAAACCUGAAGUUUCUUCAUAUGACAGAAGCAAGUUUUUCAGGGUGAGCAGCUGAAUACUUGUUUGAAGAGAUCUAAAAAAGACAAAAGUAUUAUCUGUGUAUAGCUAAAUGGUUAACUCCUGUGCUCACUCUUUGUGUAUCUGUCAGUAUAAAAAUUCUUUCUGGGGUUAGACAACUGUGGUUUUCCCUAUGUUCCAUGUGUAUGUUUGGUUCUCUUCAACUCCUGGGCAGAUGUCAUCAGAAUUAUUGAGAAAGCAAUAUCCUCCUUUAUUCCUUCAACACUGAUCAAAAUGGCUUCUUCUUUCUACCAUCAACAACAUAAUAUUUCAGGGUCACUCAAGGGGGGGGGGUCACUGAACCCUACACAUUCUGAAGGCAGUCGCUGUCAGUGGAACUAAUAGCAGAGCUUACUCAGUAUUCUGUUUUGAGGUUAUGGAUUCGUAACCUAUACUUACAGAUCCAUAGAUGCUCUGUGUUCGCUAAUACUAUAUAUUUUACAAUAUUGGCACUAUUGCCAUAAUUGUCACCCCCCUCCCCCUGUCCUCACCUUAAGAAGCAACAGCUGGACCAAGCCAUAAAAGUCUGUUCUGCUGGCAAUUGAAGUACAGCGGCAUGAUGUUUCCACCUCCCUCCUGCCAGUGAUCUCUGGUACAAGGAAUAGUGACAGGAGUCCUGGUUCCGAUUGUCACAGCCUCACUUGCUGAUGGACAGUGUUGGAAAUGUCAGUUUGCUAUGCCCUAAUCCUAACAGGAUAGGCUGCAAUUACCUGGUGUGCUACUGGCUGCUAAGGUAGGUCUAGGGUUGGGAUGAGAGAUGUUACUCAGUUAUGCAUUUGUAACUGAAUCUCAGCCAAGGUUCUUUUUCCCCACAGUCUGGAUUCUUAUGGAGAGUGGUUGAGUGGCACAUGUGAUCUACAUGUAGGAGAAAACGUUGUACAUUGCAAUCACUAGGAAGUUUUGCCAGAAUUCACUAAGCCAGUUAUGAAUACUAACGUAAAGUAUGCAUUCAUAAAUGGUUCAUAUUCAAAAUCUCAGAAUAUUUGCUGGUUAAGGAAAUACGUAGGAACUGUGAAACUCCCCCAAUGCCCACUUACCAGACAGCAGACACUGCAAGCAACAGGACUCCAUUCUCUUGUUGGCAGGGAAGCAGUUGACUGCUGUUUUUAUUCUUGCAAAACUCAAAAAGUAGUCAGUCAAUCGACUUGACAUUUCGACACAACAUAUUUAUAUAGUAGAAUAAAAUUAAAACAACGUUGCAUUCAAAUGCAUGUGUGUAUUUAGAGUAAAACUAGCAGUCCAGGAAUAGACAAAGUGAAAUUUGUGAUGACCAAAGCAACCACUCACAGCCUAGCUUUUAUUUUACCUCAGCAAUAUAAGAAAUGAAAACUGAGCACUGAAAAUGUGACAUAAUAUUGCAUUUCAAGACACGUGUGUAUUUAGAGUAAAACUAGCAGUCCGGGAAUACAGAAAGUGGAAUCUGUAAUGCCCAAAGCAUCCAAUCACUGCACAGCUUUCCCUUUACCUCAGCAGUAAAAGAAAUAACAGCCUAUCACAGAGCUGCUAUCAUUUUAUCUCAGCAGUAUAAGAAAUGAAAGCUGAGCUAUGUUUGCUUGCUUUUGACAUACCACUCAUUCCAAUGGACAUGGCGUUUGAGUACUAACAACUUCAGUUUCCAAUACGCUUUGUAUUUGCUAUGACUAUCAAUAAAGUGCAAGGGUAAUCUUUUCAAGUGUGUGGUUUGAAUUUAGAAAACUAUAGCUUCUCUCAUGGGCACUUACACGUUGCAUUCUCCAGAGUCGGUAAACCGUCAGAUCUUUAUGUUUUUGCAGAAAACAGACAAACUAAAAAUGGAGUCAGUCCACUAGGUUUACAAUAAAAAUUGAUUUCAGUAAAAAAACCUCUUUAUUUUUCCUUACCUAUCAUUACAUAGCACAGCUUUCCUUUUACCUUGGCAGUAUAAGAAAUACCAACCAAUCACAGAGGAGCAGACAUUUCACCUCAGCAGUAUAAGAAAUGAAAGCUGAGCUAUGAUUGGUUGCUAUUGGCAUACCACUCAUUCCGACCGACAUGGCAUUCGAGUACUAACAACUGCAAUUUCCCCCUUGCAUUCGCUAUGACUAUCAAUAAAGCGCAGGGAUAAUCUUGACAAGUGUGUGGUUUGAAUUUAGAAAACUAUUGCUUCCCUCAUGGGCACUUGUACGUGGCAUUCUCCAGAGUCCUAAACUGACAGAUCUUUAUGUUUAUGCAGAAAACGGACAAACCAAAAAUGUAGUCAAUCCACUAGUUUUAUAAUAAACAUGAUUUCUGUUUUUAAAAACCCUCUUUUUCUUUCCUUUCCUAUCAUUCCACAUAGACACAGCAAUGCAAGGCAGAAUAUUGAAUUGAAUGAUGUGUUUUCUCGGUGAAUCUAUGUUUGUAACAAUACUUUUAUUUAUUACUAGCUGUGCCCUGCCACGCGUUGCUGUGGCCUAUAGUAAAACUUAUCAAAGUUGAGGUAGAUAUCUGGACUAUUAUGAAAGAGAGGUACCUACCUAUUCCUUCCCCCUUUUCCUCCCCCUUUCUUCCUUCUCUACCUCUUUCUUUCCUUCUUUCACUACUUGGUUUCAUCCUUCUCUCUUUCCUUCAUUCCCUCCCCCUUUCUUCCUUUGCCUUUCUUCCCUCCCUGUUUGCUUCCUUCUUUCACUUUUUAUUUCCUUUUAUUUCACCACCAUCAUAACAAUAACAAUAAUGCAAUGCAUUGCCUCUGGGACCUGACACCUCUCCCAUUCCCCCUAAAAGGGUCUCAUAGGAAUAAUAGCAUCAUAAUAAUAGAAAUAACAA